AUGGAGUCUGAGGAAAUUAUUAACCUCUUCUAUUCAUGCUGGUUCGAGAUGGAAAUAUUCAAGAAACAGACAUCUCCAUCAACAUCUAAGGGUUCUGAACCAAACCCAGAUCCCCGAGUUGAAGAAAACUCACCAAAACCCGAGUUAACACGCACCCCAACUCUCCAUACGAGGUCCAUGAGUGACCAGUUGAGCUCAAUCAGCACAAGCUUCAUGGGUACCAGUUCCUUCUCACCCGACUCGGUUCUCCACCCGGUAAAACUCCAUAAAAUCAUCUCGGGAAAAGAAGUCACGGAAGAAGAUUUGCAAGACAACAGUAGGAGAGUCCAAGAACCCAAAAAGAAGGGGCUAGCGAGGAUGGUUACCAGAAGGAAAAAGGGUUCCAGUAAGAGCCUGUCGGACUUGGAAUUUGAGGAGCUAAAAGGGUUUAUGGAUCUGGGAUUUGUUUUCUCAGAGGAAGAUAAUAAGGAUUCAAGGUUGGUCGAGAUAAUACCUGGCUUGCAAAGAUUGGGGAAGAAAGUAGAAGGUGAUGAAGAGAUUAAAGAAGGCGGUGACGAUGGUAGGGCUGAAGUUUCAAGGCCUUAUCUAUCAGAAGCAUGGGAGGUUGCAGAAACUAGAAGAAGAAGAAAGAAAGACCCUUUGAUGAAUUGGAGAGUGCCUGAUUUUGGAAACGAGAUUGACAUGAAAGACAGUCUUAGGUCGUGGGCUCAUACAGUUGCCUCCACAGUCAAAUGA